AUAUGUAGUUGGUGGGGCACACAUUGAGUUAAGAAGUGCGUUGCCCGUUUAAAUCUCCAUCGCGACGACUUGGUUUGACAAUCCGUAGAGGUUCAGAGAUCUCAAAUUAAACGGAGACAACGACGCGACCACCGAAACGGAACAGCUGACACAGUUUGACUAAAGCCUCGACAUGCCUGUGGCGUCGACUGGCACCGAGCAUGUGGUACCCCCUCAGGUCCUGGAUACCCUGAGUGACAGCAACAGCUCCACCACCGCCAAUGACCUGGACCUCAUCUUCCUCAAAGGCAUCAUAGACAGCCCCGUGGAGCCAGAGAGUCUGGAGGAGACCAGGUUGGAGGCGGUGAGGGACAACAAUGUAGAGCUGGUCGAGGAGAUCCUCAGAGAGCUGAGUCCCUUCACACACCAAAGCAACACCGCAGCAGAGCUCACGCGCAUCCUCAACGAACCCCACUUUCAGUCUCUGCUGGAGACCCAUGACUCGGUGGCGUCCCAGGUGUGUGACACUCCUCCCCCCAGCCCCUGUGCCUACAUGGAGCCCCCCGUCAGCAACCAGCCCGUGCCCCCAGAUGCCGUCCGGAUGGUGGGCAUCCGCAAAGUGGCUGGUGAACACCUGGGCGUGACAUUCCGUGUGGAGGCGGGGCAGCUGGUGAUUGCCAGGAUCCUCCACGGAGGGAUGAUUGACCAGCAGGGUCUCCUCCACGCGGGUGACAUCAUCAAGGAGGUGAACGGGAAGGAGGUGGGUGAGGACCCGAGGGUGCUGCAGGAGAUGCUGCAGGAUGCCAGCGGCGGCGUGGUGCUCAAGAUCCUCCCCAGCUAUCAGGAGGGCCAUGCGCCAGGACAGGUGUUUGUGAAGUGUCACUAUGACUACGACCCGGCCAAUGACAACCUGAUCCCGUGUAAAGAGGCGGGGCUUAAAUUCUAUACCGGUGACAUCCUGCAGAUCGUCAAUCAGGAUGACCUCAACUGGUGGCAGGCUCGUCGUUGUGUGGAGGGAGGAAGUGCUGGGCUGAUCCCCAGUCAGCUGCUGGAGGAGAAGAGAAAAGCCUUUGUCAAGAGAGACGUGGAGCUAGCCCCCCCAGGAAACCUCUGUACUGGAGUGGCGGGAAAGAACAAGAAAAAAAAGAUGAUGUAUCUAACUACUAAGAAUGCAGAGUUUGACAGGCAUGAGUUACUGAUCUAUGAGGAUGUUGCCAAGGUGCCUCCGUUCCGCAGGAAGACGUUGGUUCUGAUUGGUGCUUUGGGAGUGGGCCGACGCAGCCUGAAGAACAAACUGCUGCUGUCUGACCCACAACACUACGGCACCACCAUCCCCCACACCUCCAGAAAGCCAAAGUCAGGGGAGCGGGAAGGCCAGAUGUAUGCCUUCACCUCGCGGAGCAAGAUGGAGGCAGACAUCAAGAACGGUCACUACCUGGAGCAUGGCGAGUACGACGGCAAUCUCUACGGCACCAAGAUGGACUCCAUCCAUGAGGUGGUGGAGGCCGGUCGCAUCUGUGUACUGGACGCCAAUCCUCAGGCCUUGAAGGUACUGCGGACGUCUGAGUUCCUGCCUUACGUGGUGUUCAUCGAGGCCCCUGAUUUUGAGGUCCUCAAGGCCAUGAACCAGUCGGCCAUCGAGACUGGAGUCGUCACCAAGCAGUUGACGGACUCAGAGCUGAAGAGAACAGUGGACGAGAGCGCCCGCAUCCAGACGGCCUACGGACACUACUUUGACCUCACCAUCGUCAACGACAACCUGGACGAGAGCUACAGGAACCUGAAGGCAGCUCUGGAGAAGGUCUCUGCUACCCAGCAGUGGGUCCCAGUCACCUGGGUCUUCUAGUGGGAGACAGAAGGACAAGAGGGUGGUGUUGAACACUUGUUCUCUCAUUCAUCAACACAAGACAUCCGAUGAUACUGUCUGGCUCAUCAUCACAGUGACCUCUGGACCUCUGACCUUUGGACCCCAUACAUAAGACUGAACUGACAGCAUUCUUUUUGCUGUGUACAUAUUGCUUUUGGAAAUUUGUCGACAAAACGUCAAGGAUUUUCUUGUUUGGGCAUUAUGUGAUUCUGGUGUGUGUGUGUGCGUGUGUGUGUCUGUGUGUGUGUGUGCAUUCGUGUGGUUGCAGAGUGUCUUUACCAUAAUCAUGUUCAUAACAUCGAUUCUUUAGGUUGGCAAUGUUUCAUCAAUAUUUAUAUGAAUCAUUAGAUGGACAUUCAGAAUAUUAAAUAGAUAAUCUUACAUGUAAACAGUGGUAGAUGGCCUUCUACUGUUUAUGUCUUCACUACAGGUCUGACAUGCAGACAGGCAGGCAGGCAGGCAGACAGACAGACCCAGCUGUCUUAUUCCCCAAAUUCUAUUUUUAUUACCACAUUCUAUUCUUAUUACCACAUUCUAUUUUUUUGUAUGGGGAGUUCAAGUUGAAACCCUUUUUGACACCUACUAUUGGGUAUUUCUUUUUUCUAUCAUUUCAAAAAGGCAAGACACUGAGGUGUGAACAUAAAACAUUCAAAUCAUUUGAAGAUAGCAUGUAGAUACAUAGAGAGAUGUGUAUGAUAGAUAGACUGUAAGUGCAACCGUUAUUUAUGUGACUACACAGACACUUUUUAUAUUUCUUUUUGACGUGUCAAAAGCCCUCUUAAUAUUUUAUUUCAUAAAAAUACUAUUUCCACCCAGGUCUGCUGUAAAGUACAGUACACACCAAUUUGACAAAUAAACGGCUCUAGAAUUUUACACGAUGGGUUCCUUGCUGUUGGUUUCAAAGAAGGCCUUCUGGAGCCAUUUACCACGUAACCAACAGCAAGGAACCCAUCAAGUAAAAUUCUGGAGCCAUUUACUUGUUAAACUGGGCAGACCUUUUUAUUACGCUUUCGUAACAGAGGAUCUUGUGAUGCAGUAGUACAGGAUGCGUGGUCUAUUGAGUCAGUUGAAAUCGAUGCACCCCAGGCUUUGGGAAAUUUGGUGAUCAUUUGUUUGGGAAGAGAAAGCUAAAGGCAGAUGACCCCAGCGUUCUGGGUCGUAUUCACUAGACACGAAACAGAAGAUAACAGACUUCCUAUAGAAGACGCUUGUUUUUGUUUUCUGUUGCGAAACAUUUAGCUUUAAUGUGCCCUAAUGAAUAUGACCCUGGAAACUCCAGAGGAAUGACACACAACAAUGACAAGUUUGUGUACUCCCGAUGAGUAUAAGGUCAUAGUUUCUUCCUUUUAGUAUGGUUUCUACAUUCCAUGAUGCUCACAUGUAUCCAUGGCAUUUUCAAAUACAAAGAAUAUGAGUUUGGAGAUUUCAAUUAGAUUAAUUCAUGAUUGAAUGAUUUCAAGAUGCUUCUGUAUUUGACUGUGUAUCAGUCACAGUUUCUAGACGUACUGUAAAUGACAGACUGUGAAUGUAGAUAUACAGUAGACUAGAGGCAAACGCUAACUACAGUGACAGUGUGUUGUUUAUAGGAAAAUGAACUAUACAUUUGAUGAUGUCCACAAUUAAAUGCAUAAAAUCAAUGAGA